AUGGCGCGCAAGCAGGCGAUCGUUGUUUUCAACGGCUGCUUCUGCCCAGUACACGCGGGUCACAUUAAGGCCAUGGAGGAUGCCAAGCGAAAGAUUGAAGCUGGUGGGCAGUUCUCAGUGACGGCGGGAUACUUCGCUGUGGCUCCCGACGGAUAUGUCCGGAAGAAGGUACAGGUGCUCGAGCCCUGGAUGACUGCGGCAGCGCGCGUCGAUCUGUGCAAGGCGGUUGCGAAAGAUCGCGGAUGGGCGAUUUCGGCCGCGGAGUUCGAGGGCUGGAAGACUUGCGGCAAAGCCAUGGUGGCAGAAUACCACGAUCCGUCUACCGAGGUUUUCAGUGUGCGUGAGGAAGCCAAAAAAGGAGGCGUAGCCAGAAAGGGAGAAGGGAUAACUUCGGACCUAAGCUCCACUAGUAUACGCGCCGAGCUGGAGUCACGUGGGCGCACUGUGGAGACGGUCGACGACCUCAUCAGGAGAGGGCUGCUAGGGGAGGCCGUGGGAGCUUGCUUAAAGGAGUACUUCACUGCUUCAUCAUCUGCUAGAGAUGGGUCUAAAGACCCGGAUGAAGUGAAGGGCGGCGGGCAGCCAGAGGGCAAAGGAGCGAAGUCCUUUAAGGGCUACGCUGGACAAGUCGAUGCUGUCGCACGAUCUACGGUGCCGAGUGCACCUUCCUUGACAGAAGCCAAGUUCCGAGAGAUUCGCGCCAUCUACGACGAGCAGACGAUCACGGUGUACCAGGCCUACAACGCUGGCAUUGCUGACGCAGCGGUCGCCGCCAACUCGUUCCGAGCCCCGAUGGAGAUUGGUCUCUUCAAGCCAAAUCGCAUGACCUGGAUCAAGCCAAGUGCCGUCUGGAUGGCGUACCGGUGUGGCUGGACGACCAUGAAGGACAAGAAUCAGGCGCGGGUCGUUGCUUUGCACCUGUCUCGCGAGGGUUUCGAAUCCCUCCUUUCCGAGGCCCAGUUGUCACAUUCCUCUGCCGCUGAGAAGUGCCGAGACAGCCCCGUCGUGGUUCAGUGGGAUCCUGAGCGCGAAAUGGACCCGCUUGCCUGCGGCCAGCAGGUGUACACGAGACCGCUCAAGGACGUCCGCUCCAUCCAGAUUGGUCUCCGUGGCGCGGCAGCCGCGAAGUUGCUUGAUCCGGCCCUUGUCCUUGAGAUCACGGACGAAACCGCUCGGUUCCGCCAGGCUGUCGCGGCACUGGAGGCGGGGGAUGCAGCCCAGGGGCUGGAGCAGCUCAACAUCACCUUGGAUACCUUCUGGGAGGAGGUGGCCGCCAUCAGUGACCUGUCUAACGAGAUGCAAGGCCUGGGAGUUCGGGGUCCCAGUGAUGUUCCGAGCCCAGCCACGCUGAAGCACCUCUUCGCUGACUGGGCCUGGCACCUGAACUGCCCUGUCCAGCUCCUCUUUGGGUCGCCCCUGCAGUGCGCCGGGCCUUUCUUGGUCGAGGUGCUGAAGGAGCUCGGCGCAGAGAUGGGCCGUGAGCUCUUCGUGAUUUCCGUCAUCGGCAUCCAAUCCUCGGCCAAGAGCACCUUGAUGAACUUCCUCUUCGGAUGCGGUUUCGCGACCUCAGCUGGCCGCUGCACGCGAGGGCUCUACUGCAGCCUCAUGGAGUGCGAGGAAAGGACGUUGCUCAUCUUGGACACAGAGGGUUUGAUGAGCCUCGAGGCCGAGGGCGGAGGCAUCUUCGACGCCCAGCUUGCCUUGAUGGCCAUGGCCUGCUCCCACCUGGUCAUCAUCAACCACAAGGGUGAGUUGUCACGGCAGUUGCAGGACCUGCUGGAGGUCUGCCUCUUUGCCAUGCAGCACCUCAAGGUGUGCCGAAUUCAGCCGAAGCUGCUCUUCGUGCUCCGCGACCAGCAUGACAGGAGCUUUCUGGACCCUGAAUGUUUGAGCCCGAGCGAUGACGACAUAGACACGCCCGGACUGCUUGGGCGAUCCGAUGCCCAGGCAGAAGUGACCACUAGGCUGUGCAGCCUUGCCAGCCUGACCCGCUUACCCGUGAUGCAUGGCAUCAUCGAUCAGCAGCCAUGA